GCCCACCGUAGAUUUCGGGACCGCUCCCGUUGCCUUGGAGCCGACGACACGCCUCUCGGCUUCCACUAUUGCGGAAAGCGCCGACAGCAGGCCUCAGUCACCAUGUCGGUGCUGGACGCACUUUGGGAGGACCGAGAUGUCCGCUUCGACGUGUCCUCGCAACAAAUGAAAACAAGACCUGGAGAAGUCCUUAUUGAUUGUUUAGAUUCAAUUGAAGACACCAAAGGAAAUAAUGGGGAUAGGGGAAGACUCUUGGUAACAAAUUUAAGAAUUAUCUGGCACUCUUUGGCAUUACCCAGAGUCAAUCUUUCUAUCGGUUACAACUGCAUAUUGAAUAUUACAACAAGGACUGCUAACUCUAAAUUACGAGGCCAAACAGAAGCACUUUACAUACUAACAAAGUGUAACAGUUCUCGUUUUGAGUUUAUAUUUACAAAUUUGGUUCCUGGAAGUCCUAGACUUUUUACUUCGGUUAUUGCAGUACACAGAGCAUAUGAAACUUCUAAAAUGUAUCGUGAUUUUAAAUUGAGAAGUGCACUAAUUCAAAAUAAGCAAUUAAGGUUAUUACCACAAGAACAUGUAUAUGAUAAAAUCAAUGGAGUAUGGAAUUUAUCCAGUGAUCAGGGAAAUUUAGGAACCUUUUUUAUUACCAAUGUGAGAAUUGUGUGGCAUGCAAAUAUGAAUGACAGUUUCAAUGUCAGUAUACCAUAUCUGCAAAUUCGUUCAAUAAAGAUUAGAGAUUCAAAAUUUGGUUUAGCUCUUGUCAUAGAAAGCUCUCAGCAGAGUGGAGGAUAUGUUCUUGGCUUUAAAAUAGAUCCUAUAGAAAAACUACAAGAAUCAGUUAAGGAAAUUAACUCACUUCACAAAGUCUAUUCUGCCAGCCCAAUAUUUGGAGUCGAUUAUGAGAUGGAAGAAAAGCCACAGCCACUUGAAGCUCUGACAGUUGAACAAAUUCAAGAUGAUGUAGAAAUUGACUCCGAAGAUCACACAGACGCUUUUGUGGCGUAUUUUGCUGAUGGCAAUAAGGUUACUCACAAAAUGGAUUACCAGCGGGAACUUGCAGAGGAACUGCGGCUUUACCAAUCCACCCUUCUUCAGGAUGGUCUAAAAGAUCUCCUGGAUGAAAAAAAAUUCAUCGAUUGCACCUUAAAAGCAGGUGACAAAAGUCUUCCUUGCCACAGACUGAUUUUGUCAGCUUGUAGUCCUUACUUCCGUGAGUAUUUUUUAUCUGAAAUCGAAGAGGAGAAGAAAAAGGAGGUAGUACUAGAUAAUGUGGAUCCUGCAGUACUGGAUUUAAUCAUCAAGUACCUGUAUUCCGCCAGUAUUGAUCUCAAUGAUGGAAAUGUGCAAGAUAUUUUUGCAUUGGCCAGCCGCUUUCAGAUACCCUCGGUGUUCACUGUCUGUGUUUCUUAUCUUCAGAAAAGACUUGCUCCUGGUAACUGUCUAGCUAUCCUCAGAUUAGGACUUCUUCUUGACUGCCCGAGACUCGCCAUCUCUGCCCGUGAAUUCGUGUCCGAUCGUUUUGUACAGAUAUGUAAAGAAGAGGACUUUAUGCAGUUAUCGCCACAGGAACUGAUCUCAGUCAUUUCAAAUGACAGCCUAAACGUAGAAAAGGAAGACAUAGUAUUCGAGGCAGUAAUGAAAUGGGUGCGAACAGACAAAGAAAACAGGGUUAAAAACCUUAAUGAAGUGUUUGAUUGUAUUCGUUUUCGCCUUAUGACAGAAAAAUAUUUUAAAGAUCAUGUUGAAAAAGAUGAUAUAAUUAAAAGCAACCCAGAACUCCAGAAAAAAAUCAAAGUUCUCAAAGAUGCCUUUGGAGGCAAACUCCCAGAACCUAGCAAAAAUGCAGAGAAGGCUGGAGCUGGUGAGGUGAAUGGUGAUAUUGGUGAUGAAGAUUUAUUGCCUGGCUACCUGAAUGACAUUCCCAGGCAUGGGAUGUUUGUCAAAGACCUGAUUCUCUUGGUUAAUGACACCGCUGCAGUGGCUUAUGAUCCCACAGAAAAUGAAUGCUACCUUACUGCACUGGCUGAGCAGAUUCCCAGAAACCAUUCCAGCAUUGUUACCCAACAAAACCAGGUCUAUGUGGUAGGGGGACUAUAUGUGGAUGAAGAAAAUAAGGAUCAACCUCUACAGUCCUACUUCUUCCAGCUUGAUAACAUAACAUCUGAGUGGGUUGGACUUCCGCCUCUACCUUCUGCCAGAUGUCUGUUUGGUCUUGGAGAAGUAGAUGAUAAAAUCUAUGUAGUUGCAGGCAAAGACCUGCAAACAGAGGCUUCGCUGGAUUCAGUAUUAUGCUAUGAUCCUGUGGCUGCAAAAUGGAGUGAAGUAAAAAAACUUCCAAUCAAAGUCUAUGGCCAUAAUGUGAUUUCACAUAAAGGGAUGAUAUAUUGUCUAGGAGGAAAGACAGAUGACAAAAAGUGUACAAACCGGGUGUUUAUCUACAACCCCAAAAAAGGAGACUGGAAAGAUCUGGCUCCAAUGAAAAUACCUCGUUCCAUGUUUGGAGUAGCAAUACAUAAAGGCAAAAUUGUAGUUGCAGGAGGUGUCACUGAAGAUGGUCUUUCAGCUUCAGUUGAAGCUUUUGACCUCACAACCAAUAAAUGGGAAGUAAUGACUGAAUUUCCCCAAGAAAGAAGUUCCAUCAGCUUGGUUAGCUUGGCAGGAUCCCUAUAUGCCAUCGGAGGGUUUGCCAUGAUUCAACUGGAAACUAAAGAGUUUGCACCCACUGAAGUCAAUGACAUAUGGAAGUAUGAAGAUGAUAAAAAAGAAUGGGCUGGGAUGUUGAAGGAAAUACGUUAUGCUUCAGGAGCUAGUUGCCUAGCAACACGUUUAAAUCUCUUCAAACUGUCUAAACUAUAAUCAAGAAAGUGAAAAACCAUAGUAGAUUUUGAGGAAAUGUGUUUGCAUAAUAGGGUUUUAAUUUAUUCUUUUUUGAAAGUCUAUACAGAGAUUCAUGCAGAAAUUACUAAGUUGUCCCAACUUAGUGGGACAGCAUUGAGUAUUCAAUGUAAUCAUCAGGGCUGAAAACCAUUUCUAAUAUGAAAUAUGUUAAAUUGAA